UUUCAUAUUCUCUGUUCAUACAUGUUUGUUUUAUUUUUGGCUUAUUCUAAAGGCUUUUUAGUACAAAUAAAUACAAAUUAUGGAUUCAUCUACCCAUUUUGUUUUUUUCUCUAAUUUUGCCAUUCGUUUAUUUUUUUUUUCUUACAACUUGCUACAAAAUUCACCAAAGAAAUGAGCUAUAAUUUGUCCACUAAUUAUACCUAUUUUAUAAUUAAAAAGAGCAAGGAAUAAUUUGAAAGCCCAUCCUUACCCUACAACGUAAUAGAUGAUUUAUUAAAGAUCAAAAGCCACUCCGUUAAAAAUUCAUCUCAUUAAUAAUAAAUCACAAUAUUAUUCAUCAUUAGUUUUCCCCUUGAAAUGAUCUCAACACAAUCUCACUUAUUUCAAACUCUCCGAACCCUUUGUUUUUCAGUGUCAAAACACUCAAAACCACCCCUCAAUGCUUUCAAAAACACAAUUCUCCUCAUGAAAAUUAUUGGAAUGUGGAAAUACAAAACUGAAUCUCCGUUUUACAAAACUUACAAGUACAUAAUGACCAUUUACGUAUUUCUUACCUGCAUUUUGUGCCUCGUGUACACUUAUAAAAAAUACAAUGACCCUCAAGCAAUUUUUUUCAUUUCGUAUCUACCGUCAAUUUUCACAGUUCCGAUCAAACUCGUUAUGUUUCCAAUCUAUUCUGAAAAAAUCAAGCAACUUUUGGACAUUUUGGACCCGCAGAAGGCUGUAAUCCGGACAGAAAAUCAAAAGAAAAUUUUGGAAAAUUCGAUAAAACUUUCGAACAAAAUUUUUAAUUUGUUUGGAGGAAGUUUUGUAGCUGCAGCAGUGGGGAUUACAGCCACUCCAUUAAGUGAGAGAAAUCAAGUUUUAAGAUUUUACGAGUGGUUCCCAAUGGAUUACUCCAAAGAUGUGGUUUACUAUGGGAUUUUUGGAGGGACAUUGUGUUUUGAUUUUCAUUUAAUUGCGGUCAAUGCAGCUGGAGAUUUCUUUUUUUAUAUUUCUGCAAUACAAAUUGAAGGGCGACUUGAUUUGAUUAUUGAUACUUUUCUGAAUUUGGAGGAGAUUUCAGCAAAGAAUGAAAAUUCGAAUGAAGAGCAAAAAUACAAAAGGAUGCAUGAAAUUGUCAUUGAGUGUGUACAACAAUAUAACAAAAUAAUAGAAUGUUCGCAGUUAUUGAUUUUUUGUUUUAAAGAAAUCCUGAUCAAUCAACUUAUAUGCUCUUGUUUGUCUCUAAUGAUGACAAUGUAUCAAUUAAAUGCGGCCGAACCCUUUUCUUUAAAUUUUUUCAGAGUGAUUUUUUACGGUAUAGCAAUGGGUAGUGAAAUCUUUCUGUUUUGUUACUUUGGAAACCGAUUAAUUGUCAAGUGUGAAAUUUUGUAUUAUUCAAUUUUCAAGUCAACAUGGUAUAAAGCUCCACUCAAAAUUCAAAAGGAUUUGUUAAUUUUUAUGCAACAGGUGCAAAAACCGGUCACUAUCAAUGUUGGAAAUAUUUUUCCUCUUAAUUAUGAUACUUUCAAAGGGAUAAUGCAAAAAUCGUGGAGUUUUUUUGUGGCCUUGAAAAACACUCAAGACUUAAGAUCGAAAAACUGAUCAAUUCGCAAAUUAUGGACAAAUUCUUGUAACACAGUAGAUGUAAAAAAUGUGCACUAAAUAAAGGAAAUUUAGCAA